UCCCUCUUUUCCCAGUUUUCCUUCGUUUUCCAAUCAUCCAAACACAAAGCAAAACAAGUCCUUUUAUUUAAUUACAUUCUUCCCUCUCCAAUUCUAAACUUUUCACUUAUUAUAGGGUUUCUUAACCUACCAAUUCAUUUAAAAAGCGGUGCUAAGCGAUGGACAGGAUUUUGUGCAUUUUUUGUGAAAAUUUAUCGAAAUAAAGUCUUAGAUCUCGCGGGCAUCACGGAGUUUGAAAGAAUUAGAACCAAAUUUAUUCAAGCUUUUCCCUGGAAGCAUUUUUUCCAUUCUGUUUGUUGCAUGGAGGGAGCCCUUUGAAUUGCCUCAGACUGUUGCUUCUUUCCUUUCAUGUAGUCAUGGCUGAUCAUGCUUUAAUGGUAGCUGAUACUUCUCAACCCCUUGUAGAUCUUUCAUUGGUUAUUGGGCAGGAAUUCCCUGAUGUUGAAACCUGCAGAAGAACCUUGAAAGAUAUUGCUAUAGCAUUGCAUUUUGAUCUUAGGAUAGUGAAAUCUGAUCGCAGCCGAUUUAUAGCCAAGUGCUCCAAAGAAGGUUGUCCAUGGCGUGUCCAUGUAGCAAAAUGUCCUGGGGUUCCCACUUUCUCAAUUAGAACUCUGCAUGGGGAGCAUACGUGUGAAGGGGUUUGCAACCUCCAUCAUCAGCAAGCAUCAGUGGGUUGGGUUGCAAGAUCAGUAGAAGCACGCAUUCGGGAUAAUCCACAGUACAAGCCAAAAGAAAUCCUGCAAGAUAUCCGAGAUCAGCAUGGAGUUUCUGUUUCUUAUAUGCAAGCUUGGCGUGGAAAGGAACGAAGUAUGGCCGCACUUCACGGGACUUUUGAAGAAGGGUAUCGCCUUCUUCCUGCAUACUGUGAGCAAAUAAGAAAAACCAACCCUGGAAGUAUUGCAUCUGUUUUUGCUACCGGACAAGAAAAUUGUUUCCAGCGCCUCUUUGUUUCUUACCGUUCUUCUAUCUAUGGGUUUAUAACUGCUUGUAGACCACUUCUAGAACUUGAUAAGGCAGAACUGAAAGGAAAAUACUUGGGUGCAUUACUUUGUGCUGCAGCUGUUGAUGCCGAUGAUGCAUUGUUUCCCUUGGCAAUUGCUAUUGUUGAUGUGGAAAGUAAUGAAAAUUGGAUGUGGUUCAUGUCAGAGUUGAGGAAGCUUCUUGGUGUAAACACUGAAAACAUGCCUAGACUUACUAUACUAUCCGAAAGACAGCGAGGCAUUGUGGAUGCAGUAGAAACCCAUUUUCCGAGUGCGUUUCAUGGUUUUUGUCUACGUUAUGCCAGUGAAAAUUUCCGUGAUACAUUCAAGAACACGAAAUUGGUUAAUAUCUUCUGGAAUGCUGUUUAUGCUCUCACUACUGCGGAGUUUGAGAGCAAAAUUGCUGAAAUGAUAGAGAUCUCGCAGGAGGUUAUACAAUGGUUUCAACUCUUCCCUCCGCAGCUGUGGGCGGUAGCAUAUUUUGAAGGAGUGCGAUAUGGCCACUUUACACUAGGUGUUACUGAGAUGUUGUAUAAUUGGGCCCUUGAAUGUCACGAGCUCCCCAUUGUGCAAAUGAUGGAGCAUAUUCGCAAUCAACUCACUACUUGGUUUAACAAUCGUCGAGAAAUGGGAAUGAGAUGGACCUCAAUUCUUGUCCCAUCUGCUGAGAAGCGGAUUUCGGAGGCAAUUGCCGAUGCUCAUUGCUACCAAGUGCUUAGAGCAAAUGAAGUAGAGUUUGAGAUUGUCUCAACCGAGAGGACAAAUAUUGUGGAUAUUAGGAGUCGUGUGUGUUCCUGUCGCCGUUGGCAGCUGUAUGGCUUGCCAUGUGCACAUGCUGCAGCUGCCCUUAUUUCUUGUGGGCAGAACGCUCAUCUGUUUGCUGAACCUUGUUUCACUGUGGGAAGCUACCGUGAGACCUAUUCGCAGAUGAUACAUCCUAUUCCUGAUAAGAGUGUUUGGAAGGAGCUCGGUGAAGGAGCCGAUGGUGGAGCUGCCAAGCUUGAUGUCACGAUACACCCUCCCAAAAUUCGUCGGCCACCUGGCAGACCGAAAAAGAAAGUUCUUCGAGUAGAGAACUUGAAGCGGCCAAAGAGAGUUGUUCAAUGUGGUAGAUGCCAUUUAUUAGGUCAUUCUCAGAAGAAAUGCACAAUGCCAAUUUGAUCCUGAUUUAGCAUCUCCGUCUUUCAUUUUUUUUUGCCUCUCUUCUUUUACCCUUCAAUAUACUGCUUUGAAAUUCCAAUAGAAUGUUUGUAAUCUUAUUGUAUGGUUUUAACAUCCCAGUCUUAGAAUAAAGCAUAUCCCCUGCUUUUUCUUCAA